AUGCCUGAAGCUUGUACUAAUGGAGAAAUCUCUCCACCCAGCUGCCAAUCCCAGACAAUAGAUUCCCUCUAUAGGGGUAUUCUGGGGCACUUCAUCCUUGGACACAAUGAAAGAUCACUCCUCAAAGAGAGCAAGGAAAAGAGCUACAACCUCACCACGGAGAGAGCUGUUAAAAAAGAAUCAGACAAGGCAAAUCUAAGCCUGCCUCCUCCUCCAUGGCACAAUGCCGGUGAAGGAAAUGGCAAUGGGGCCGUCACCAGUGAGUAUGUCACCACCACCCAUGCUGACAACUUCAUCGGCACUGAUACAGAGGACAAAGAUGGCGCCGUUGGCACCAAGCCAGUCUACACACAAAUCGCCAGCACCGCCAAUGGUACCAUUGAAAACUCUGGAACCGAUAGACCUCCCUCACUGACUGCACGGGAGGGACCUGUCUCCCAGAAAAAGGACGAAGAAGAGACCUACCACUUCUCCUACAAAGGGAGCAUCAAGAAAGAAGCAUUCUCCAACUCUUUCCACAUCAUCGAUGAAAAUAUGGAAUCCAGGAUCCGAAAAGUUCUGAACACUACGUACAAGAAGCUGACCUCUUAUCUGUCCCAGGAUACUAUAUCGGACAAGAUUAAAUAUCUCAAGAACCGCCUCCUUGCCUUGAAAGAAAAGUCUUCUCUGGACCCCAUUUACAUUGGGCUCUUUGGCAGCACCGGGGCUGGGAAGAGCUCACUGUUCAACGCCAUCAUCGACAAGCAGUUCUUCCUGCCAGUGUCGGGGAACCAAGCCUGCACCUCGUGCAUUGUGCAAGUCAGCUGCAGCUGGAGCAAAAACUACGAGGCAAAAAUUCACCUUCUGUCAUCACAGGAAUGGAACGAGGAACUGAAGAAUCUGGUGGAGCUUGUGCGGACACCCGGGGAGGAGGAAGAAGAGGAGGCAGAUGAUGUAGGUGAAGCUGUCCAAAAGCUUCAAGCGCUCUAUGGGAGAGAUGCUGAAAAGAGAUCUUAUGAAGACCUGUUGAGGGCAAAGUCACUAGUAAAUAUCCCUCCCUCAUAUUGUAUUCCCCUCACAGGAGCACAGGCAGAAGAACUCUCUGACAAACUGGACCCCUAUGUCCGGAGUCAGAGUAACAAGGAUGACGACGAGCCAGCACUGGAUGAAGAGAAAGCUAAGAUGCGACUCUGGCCGCUAAUCAAAUACGUGGAAGUAAUGAUUCCGCAGUCCGACGUGAUUCCGGAAGGUGUCGUAUUUAUGGAUAUUCCUGGGACAGGAGAUUACAACAGCAAAAGGGACGAAAUAUGGAAAGAGAGCAUCAAUAAAUGUUCAGUCAUCUGUAUCGCCGACAUCGAACGAGUUGUGGGGCAAGUCCAUUGAAGUGUGCUGACAGAGAGCAUCAAAGCUUACCAGGCGAUGUGCAGUGACAUCGCUCUGGUGGUCACAAGUCUGUAGCUGGACCUGGAGGAAUAUUCCAGGGAAAGAAAAGAUAAACACAAACCUGUAGAAACCACACACGAUGCCAUUUUAGAGAGGAACGCAACUGUGAAGGGGAAGAAAAUCAAAGGAAUGAAGGCAAAGCUUGGGAGAAUAGUGCCAAGUGACUCAGAAAUUCUGAACAAGGCUGAUCUCGUUUACACGGUCAGUGCUACAGAAUACUGGCAGAAGAAGCAUAUCACUAAGGAAGAGUCAGAGAUCCUCAAGCUGAGAGAGUAUGUCAGGAAUAUCUAUCUGAAAGAGAGGAAGAAGCUGCUAAUGGAUUAUGUGGCAGAGGCUUUCGGCAUUGUCCUGCUGGCUGAGAAUUUCAACUCCACACGACACAUGGUGGAUCAUUAUGAGCAGAGCGGCUUGGAAGGCUUUGUGAAGGACAAGAUCAAGGCUUUGGAGAAGGAGAUUGAGAAAUGUUUUGCCCUGCUGGAACAGCCUCUUAACGAAGGUGUGAAGAAAGCAAAAUCAUCUCACCAAAAAACGUUCUCUCAGCUCCUUACCCGAAAAACUGGAUACCAAGGCUUCCACAAGACACUGAAAGCCGUGUGCCAGAAGAAUGGUGUAUAUGCAUCCCGGAUCUUCUCCCGCAUAGACUUCAAUAGCGCCCUCGCUCAGCCCAUGUAUGACAAAAUUGACCCCACGUUCGCAAACAUAUUCAGGAUCCAAAAGGGAACCAGAGCCUCACUGAAAUGCUGCCUUGAUAUAUUCAAAGUCUCGGUGCAGGAGAAAAUCGGUGAGGUUGUGAAGAGGAGCCCUGUGACCAGUGACCACUGCAAGCUCAACUUCUUCAUUGAGGAAACAAACAUCAUCCUGAGGACCAUAGAAAGAGAGAUCCUUAAGAAGAAGAUGGCUGUCUAUGAGUCCCUUUCACUGUCCGUCCAGAGUGACCUAAAGCCUUACUAUGAAGAAGCGGCUAAGAUCCAGGGGCCGCGAUCCUGCCAGAGGAUGCAAAAUAUCCUCAGGGAGAACAUUGAUAAAAAGGCAAAGGAUGGAAUGUUUGAGAAGGCAAAGGAGAAGAUGAAGAUGCAGCUCCAGGAACUGAAGGACUACAUUGUGACAAAGCUCCAGACAGACAUUUCCACCAUGCUCAAACUCGCCUUGUCUCACCGGGAAGAACUUACGGAGAGGCUACCAGACAUACAAAAUGAAUACCAAGAAAUUGAACGGAUUUACAAAAUGCUGCAAGGAAUGUGACGUUCUUAAAAAGAGAUAUUAGAAAUUCUCUAUUAUAAAAUCUGUGUUUUAAUGAGCUUGUUAGAGACUUUUUUCUAUAAUUGUGUGUGGUGUUAAUUGAGCUAUUUCAAUGACUUAUUUUCUCUUGUUUAAUAGUUUGUAAAUCUGGAAUUUAAAUCACAUGUUGUUGUAAUUAAAAAGAGCAUGAAAUA